GAGAGAGAGAUGAACAAGGAAUGUGCCACUAAUAAGAAACCGGAGCGUCGCUGAGGACGCAAGAGAGGAGGGCAAAAGAGGGAACGGCCGAAGAAAAACGACUAGAAAUGCGCUAAAAAGUAGCGAAAGGGGGGCGAAAAGGGGCAAUUCACAGUUGACACGUGAAUGGACGGAUUAUAAUCCACCGUUGGAGGGAUUUUGACGCUCCCCAUGCGGAGAUUUGAACCAUGCAGGGACUGCUGCUGCUUCUGAGUUUGGCGUUGAGUUUUCACAGAGUGCGGACGGCGCGGUUCUCUCAGGAGCCUGCAGACCAGUCAGUGGUUUUGGGCCAGAGGGUGGUCCUGUCCUGCGUGGUCUUCAACUAUUCGGGCAUUGUGCAGUGGACCAAGGAUGGACUGGCCUUAGGCAUCGGAGAAGACCUCCGGGCCUGGCCGCGGUAUCGUGUGUUGCGGCUGGUGGAUGUUGGGCAGUAUAAUUUGGAGAUCUCAGCUGCUGAACUCUCAGACGACUCCCUCUAUGAGUGCCAGGCCACGGAGGCAGCACUGCGCUCGCGACGGGCCAAACUCACCGUCCUCAUUCCUCCCGAUGAGCCGGUGAUUGAGGGGGCCCCGGAGAUUCUCCUCACAGCAGGGGUCCCAUACAACAUGAGCUGUGUGUCCCGCGGAGCCAAACCCGCCUCUGUCAUAGAGUGGCAGAAGGACGGCCUGCCGAUAGAGGGGGCCGUCAGCACCACGGAGGUGCUUCCAGACAGGAAACGUGUGACCACACGCAGUUACCUGCCCAUUUCACCAGUAGAUACAGACACGGGGAAGAACUUCACCUGUGUUGCUACUAACCUGGCCGUGCCGAUGGGCAAACGGGCCACUAUCACCCUCAACGUUCAUCACCCACCGGUGGUGACGUUAUCCAUUGAGCCUCGCUCCGUCUUGGCAGGAGAGAGAGUGACCUUCACCUGCCAAGCUACUGCCAACCCACCUGUUAUGGGUUAUAAGUGGGCAAAGGGAGGUGUGGUCAUACAGGGGGCGAGAGAGAGUGUUUUUGUCACCAAGGCAGAUCACUCUUUCUUCACUGAGCCUGUGUCCUGCCAAGUGUUCAAUGCUGUGGGCAGCACAAACGUCAGCAUACUCGUCGAUGUCCACUUUGGCCCUAUCCUGGUUGUAGAGCCUAAACCAGUAACGGUGGAUUUAGACUCGGACGUCACUUUAAAUUGCAAGUGGGCGGGAAAUCCUCCUCUCACACUAACCUGGACAAAAAAGGGUUCAAGCAUGGUUUUGAGUAAUAAUAACCAGCUCUAUCUGAAGUCCGUAAGUCAGGCAGAUGCUGGUCAGUAUGUGUGUAAGGCCAUCGUGCCUAGGAUCGGAGUCGGCGAGACAGAGGUCACACUCACCGUCAACGGUCCACCCAUCAUCUCAAGCGAAGCGGUCCAGUAUGCAGUUCGAGGGGAGAGAGGGGAAGUCAAGUGUUACAUUGCCAGCACCCCUCCUCCUGACAAGAUCGUGUGGGCAUGGAAGGAAAAUGUGUGGGAAAAAGAGAAGGGGACCCUGUCAGAACGAUACACAGUAGAACAGAGCAAACUGACCACACAGGGAGGUGUGGUGCUGUCCACCCUCACCAUCAACAACGUCAUGGAGUCAGACUUCCAGUCCACAUACAACUGCACCGCCUGGAAUUCAUUCGGACCUGGGACCAUGAUCAUCACACUGGAAGAGACCGAAGUAGUGCCGGUCGGGAUCAUUGCAGGAGGCACCGUCGGCUGUUCCAUUCUGCUUAUCCUGUGUUUACUAGCGUUAGUGCUGGUUUUGUAUCGGCAACGCAAAGGAAGUCGUCGAGGGGUCACGCUCGGCAAGCCAGAUAUCAAGGUAGAGACCAUAAACAAAGAGACCCACAGUCUGGAGGAAGACUCUGGGAGCGUCUCCACAGCAACACGCAUGGUGAAGGCCAUGUACUCCUUUUUACCUUCUGUGACCCUCUCUCCCUCCUCCCAGCCUUUUAAAGAUGACAUUGACCUCAAACAGGAGCUACGCAGUGACACGCUGGACACGCGCCAGGACUACGAGCUCAAGGACCCAACAAACGGCUACUACAACGUGCGAGCUUCCACCCAUGAUGAGGGACGUCCCGCUUCCCGAUCCAUGCACUAUUCAGACUAUCGCACCUCCGGACAGCCAGGGGGCGCCGCGGCCGUUGUGAGCAGUGGAUCGGGAGCUCCUGGAGCUACGGCAGGUCCGGGAACACCGAGCAGCUUGGCUCCAGGAUCACGAGCGGGUUGCUACGACCCUCGCCCUCCCUCUAGACUCUCGCACAACAGCUACGCCCAGUUCAACACGUUCACCCGCGCCGGACAGUCCCAGCAGCCUCCGCCCAGUUCUGGCCCACAGACUAGCGACUUCACCGCUGAAUGCAGCCUCUUGGACUCUACCGCUCAGCUCGGAUACGAAAAUUACGGCUACCCGCACUAUCCGACGUUUCGGAUGGGUUUUGGUCCUCCUAGCCUCGCCCCGUUAGAAGGCGGGCCGGCGUAUGAGAUGUACGGAGUCGGGCCGAGCGUCGGCGCAGGAGGCGGAACCGGAACCCCAGAGACUGGACUUGGGAAAUACGGCAGUUCCACACGGUUCUCCUACACCUCCCAGCAUUCCGAUUAUUCCCACCGACACACACAGAGGAUGCAGACACACGUGUAAAAGAGAAGCGUCACCUGUACGUAACAUAAGUUACGCUGAAGUUAUGCCGAUAUCGGCCAUUUAAGUACACACACUCACACAGAUACACAGGACGGAAAUAAUGAAUGAAACGGAGAUAAAGACGGAGGGUGAACAGACAAACACAAGCUCAGAGUAAACGGAGGCUGAGCUGAAAGCGAAAGUCACAAUCAAGAAAGACUGGUGUCUAGAAAAGAUCUAAGAUCUUUAUACUGUUCACUAAAUCCUGAAUGCUUUUAAUAAGCAUGAUCACAAAGGUAAUUCCUGAGAAAUGAAGGGUGCCUCUUAUAGGCUUCUAGUCUGUUUAACAGUGGACUCUGACAGAGAUACAGCACAUGUAUGAAUUCUCUUCAAUGGCUUCCUCAACUUCAAACUCUCCUUUAGCUUAGCUCAGUUUAAAGGGCAUUUAAUGACAAAUCGCACAAUAUACAGUGGGGUCCAAAAGUCUGAGACCACCAAAAUGAUUAUUUUUUCAUUUAAAUUUUGACGUAAACCGAAAAUGUCAGGAUUAAAAGGAAUGUAAACCAGGAAAAGCUAAAUAAAGCACAAUUUUUAAGGUUCUAGGUACAAUUAUAGGUCACUAAUCAAAAGUAAUUUUUGAUCAUGAGAAGAACUUUUUACAAAAGAUUUUCUUGCUUUUAUUAAAGCCCAAGAUGUUCUUUGAAACUUCCUUAAAUCAUGCUGGAUGACACGGACCAUCUGUUGAAAAAUCUGGAGGUGUUUUGGACAAACUGCAGAAUCCUGUAUGAUAGAUUUAAAUAUAUUAAUAAUGUGUUAAAUAUAGUAAAGCAAUGGUUCUCAACCAGGGGACUUCCAAGGGGUCUCAAGAUGACUUAGAAUGAUUUAAAGUAUGAUACAACUACUAAAGAGUAGGAAAAACAAUCUUUUUUCUUUGAAGAAACAGGGUUCCUGCUCCCUUAAAAACAUGGAUAAUGUAUAAGGUAGCCUAAUUUUAAAAGUGUGAUUUCUAGACCUGGAAAAGUCACAUAAAUUAAUCAAAUCUUAUGACUCCUUUCCCAUUUUUAUAAAGAAUUACAUUUUUUUUAAUCUUAAUAUUUAUCUGGUAAUUCACAAACAACAAAAAAAAUGAGCCAAUUUAUUAGGAAAUUUUUUAAACAUAAGAAUAUUAGAAAAGAAGGCUUAUAGACCCCACUGUCACAAAAUAUCUUUAUUUUUCCAUUCAUACUCAAAUGAAGAUCUGCAUUCGACAAAGGAAAUGAAGAGCACACGAUACUCGUACAAUACUCUGGAUGACCAAAGCAACGUAUUUUGAGACUAGAUGACUCUAUUAUUUUGUGUAAAUCAGCAUCUACCUGGCUAUCCAGCUUUCUGAGCUACCUCUUUAAACAGGUUACUAUCCUUCCAGUGCAGUGGCCAACUGGUGUUAUGCUAAUCCAUUAGCAGAGCAGCUGCAUUUGCGCAGAAAAAAGCUUUUUUGGCAUUUGCAAUAAAAUACAUCACCCUUUAAAUUUCAACAUUGUGAUGGAGGCAAGUUGAGGAAGCCAUUUAACUGUUUUCAGACAUGGCCAGCGAUAGCCAUUUAGUUCACUAUCCUCCAAAUAGUUCAAAACCAUGGAAUAUAUACAUUUAUAUAUAUUAAAAUAUAUACAUAUUCAUAUACAGGAAUGCCCCACUCUUUUCCAUGGUGCUUUUGUCGUGGGGUCAUUGUUUGCACUGCAUUCCAGUAUUCUAGCUUAGAUUACCCUCAUAAUCGAUAUGUAAUCUCUCAUUUGCACACUAGGCUAGAGCGUUCUCUCUCUAUGUUUCGAAUAUUACCGAAAAAUCUUCUCUUUUUUUGUCAUAUUUCUGUAAGUGAUUCUGGACCAAAGGUUCAACGUUAGAGUAUCAGUCUUUAUUUGGGUGAUAUUCACCUCAGCGAACAAGAAAAUAUGCAGAUUUGUUUGUUACCGUUGUUUGCGAAUUUAUUCGGUCGCGAGUGACCUAGAGUUUUUCUUCUUUUUUUGAGGGUCGGGAACAGCAGAGAAGGUCUUAAACUGAUCCAGCCUUAGGUAUCCAAACUCACCCUUAUUGAUCUAAGAUCAGGCUGCUAUCACAUUCGUCGUAAAGAUCAAAUUGGAACUAAUUUAAGGACAAAGGUCUGGAGUGGUUUUUAACGUCUCUUGUCCCAGAGGAGACUUUCACGUGAAGUUUGAGAUCGGAAAGUCUUUCACUCACUUAUUCACACAGACACACACCUGAUAUUUGUGCCAAACGACUUGAAGUAUUUUCCGCCAAUUACGAAAAACUACCUUACGGGGACCAGAGAUGGUCUUUGGCUAUGAACUGUCUUCAACGGGUUUUGAAGGAUGCCAUUAUCAAAGCAAUGAUGACAAAAGAGAAACAUGAGGAUGAAGACAAUCCUUCUGAACAGUGAGGUACUCGCUCUCUGCGACUAGUUUUCGUCUUCGUCCACAUUUUGAACGAGCCUUGUAAAUACUUUCCCAUGUGUAACUCCGACUUCAAGUAUUAUUUUACAUCAUCCAAUGUGAUGCACUCUUUAAAUGCAGUAUUGUUAUGUUUUCAAUUGCGUGAAGAAGGUUGACAAACACCUUAGCGAUGGUACUUUCUGACUCGGUAUAGUACAAAGAGGACGAUGGUAGCUUGGUUGGAGCCGGUGCGAUACCAAGGAGGAGGAUCCUGAAACAUCUUGAUGACCUGCUUGAGCUGCCAAUCUCUCAUCUUUAUAUUGAUGGCCUGGGGAAUAACUUGUGGGACAUGUGACCCACUGGACAGUAUUUGCAUUCCCCAUCCCAUCUAAGAACUUGAAGCUCCAUGAAGACGAGAAGAAGGAAUUUAUGAAGGAGUUAACAAAAUAAAGAGUGGCCUUAGGAAAACAUGACUUUUAUAUUCCCUCACUUUCUAAACCGGCUUAAGGCCAGAGGAGUGCGUGCAGAUGACGGUAUGUGUGUGUUUUUGUGUGUGCGAUUGAGCGCGAGUGCAAGUAUAUGAAAAUCGUUAUGUAAUCCGUUCAUUUACUUCUCUCACGUUCCUGCUCCAAUAUUUUCUUCUGCUGGUAGGAGUGUAUCCUGUAUAAUUGUGUCUUAGAAAUAAACGUUGACCUUACUGUACUGUUCUUGGUAGCUGAGAAAUGUUUGACAGAUGUACAGCUGUGGCCAAAAGUUUUGAGAAUGACACAAAUAUUAAAGUUCACAAAGUCUGCUGCUACAGUGUUUUUAGAUCAUCUUGUCAGAUGUUACUGUGGUAUACUUAAGUAUAAUUACAAGAAUUGCAUGAGUGUUAAAGGCUUUUAUUGACAAUUACAAUAAGUUUAUGCAAAGGGUCAGUAUUUGCAGUGUUGAUCCUUCUUUAUCUAGACCUAUACAGUUCACCUUGGCAUGCUGUCAGUCGACUUCUUGGCCACAUCCUGACUGAUGGAAGCCCAUUCUUGCAUAAUCAAUGCUUGGAGUUUGUCAGAUUAUGUAGGUUUUUGUUUGUCCACCCGCAACAAGUUCUCAAUGGGAUUAAGUUCUGGGGAGUUUCCUGGCCAUGGACACAAAAUGUCGAUGUUUUGUUCCCCGAGACAGUUAGUUAUAACUUUUUCCUUAUGGCAAGGUGCUCCAGCAUGCUGGAGAAGGCAUGGUUCAUCACCAAACUGUUCUUGGAUGGUUGGGAGAAGUUGCUCUCAGAGGAUGUUUUUGUACCAUUCUUUAUUCAUGGCUGUGUUUUUGGGCAGAAUUGUGAGUGAGCCCACUCCCUUGGCUGAGAAGCAACCCCACACAUGAAUGGUCUCAGGGUGCUUUACUGCUGGCAUGACACAGGACUGAUGGUAGCGCUCACCUUUUCUUCUCCAGACGAGCUCUUUUCCGGAUGCCCCAAACAAUCAGAAAGGUGAUUCAUCAGAGAAAAUGACUUCACCCCAGUCCUCAGCAUUUCAAUCCCUGUACCUUUUCUAGAAUAUCAGUCUGUCCCUGAUGUUUUUCCUGGAGAGAAGUGGGUUCUUUGCUGCCCUUCCUGACACCAGGCCAUCCUCCAAAAGUCUUGGCCUCACUGUGUGUGCAGAUGCUCACACCAACCUGCUGCCAUUCCUGAGCAAGCUCUGCACUGGUGGUGCAAUGAUUUCAAGCACCACCGUCCUUUUAAAGCUUCCAGUCUGUUAUUUUAACUCAGUGAGCAUGACAGAGUGAUCUCUAGCCUUGUCCUCAUCAAUGCUCUGUGUUAUCUGUGUUAAUGAGAGAAUCACUGACAUGAUGUCAGCUGGACCUUUUGUGGCAGGGUUGAAUGCAGUGGAAAUGUUUUUGGGAUUAUGUUCAUUUCAAUGACGAAAAGGGACUUUGCAAUUAAUUGCAAUUCAUUUGAUCACUCUUCAUAACAUUCUGGAGAAUAUGCAAAUUGCCAUAAAAACUGAGGCAGCAGACUUUGUGAAAUUUUAUAUUUGUCUCAUUCUCAAAACUUUUGGCCACGGCUGUACAACAAAAGUUACUGAUUUUUUUUUUAAUUUCCCUUUGAUUUUUCCAAUAUUUUUUAAAAAUGUUACGUAAUUAUUUUUUCACAGUAUAUCAGAAAUAAAAGCACUGUUUUUCUAAGAAUCAA